AUGGCGGGAAUGUCAAGAAAUACCGCCUCAAAUGGGCCCAAGUCGGCCAAGGCGGCCACAAAGGUCGUCAAGACACAAAAAAAGACAAAAUCCACACCCUCAAGUCGACGACACCACUUCGAAGGUUUCGCCCAGAGAAUCUCCAAGCUGAAGAUCGAUCCCCUUCGUCGCACUCGUCGCGGAGUAGGAGCAGAAGGUGCUCACGAACUGGAAGGAGAGGCCUCAUACUUCCGUACUGCCCUGGACGAAUGGAAGGACCUCAACCUCUCCGAGAAUUUCACGAACUUUGCCAAAAAUGUCUACAACAUUUCCGACAGCCUGCCCAUGGUCAUCUUCCACGAGGAGACUAUCAUGGACAACUUGAUCACAUACAUUACGAAGGGAGAUGUAAUGUCGCUCGAGCCUCUGCUAGCCCUCUUGUCGCACUUCGCACACGACCUCGACGUCCGAUUCGAAAAGCACUUCCAAAGAGCCGUCGCAACCGUCGCACAUGUCGCAGCCACCAAUGCAGAGCCCGAGGUCGUCGAGUGGUCGUUUACUUGCCUAGCCUGGCUCUUCAAGUACCUUUCUCGUCUAUUAGUCCCCGAUCUCAGACCGCUAUACGAUCUUCUAUCGCCGUAUUUGGGAAAGCAGAAGCAGAAGCCUUAUGUCAUUCGAUUCGCUGCAGAGGCAAUGAGUUUCUUGGUCAGGAAGGCGGGAACCACAUAUCACAAGAGCAGGGAGCCGUUGGAUACAAUCGUCGAGCACAUGCUCAACGACUUUGCCGAGAACAAGACUGCUUCGGACGAUCUAUAUUCACAAGGUCUGAUGACACUGUUCACAGAGUCUAUCAAGGGUGUUCAAGGAACUCUCCACUCAGGAGGAAACACUGUUCUGCAGUGCUUGACCCGGUUCUGCUUCAAUGCUGACCACUCAGAAUUCCUCAAGGGCAGGUCCCUUCAAAUCUUGAGAGGUUCGCUGAUUAGUGUCGUACAUCAUACCACUCCAGAAACCUUUGAAUCCGUUCAGGAGGCGAUUUUCGAGUUUACCGAUACGGAGGGCGAAGAUGCAGUGAAAAACUUGGACGCAGCGAACACUCUUCUGUUCACUGCUGCAUCUGUUCGCAAAGGAAGCAGAAUCUCGGAUUGGCAAACGUAUGCUAAGCGUGUAACGACCAUGAUUCACACAGCCGACAAAGCAACCAAGGAUAUUGACUCGGAUACAUUGACUGCACUUCUCAACACGCUGGCCGUGGUACUUAAUUAUGCACCUUUUGAUGCAGUCCUUCCAGAACUUGCCGUUCUCGACACCAUAAGCCGAGGCAAGUGGGUUGCCCACUUCCUGCCUUUCUGCAACAUAUUUGCAGAACUCAAUCAGGAACGCUUCCAAAGCUUCGUUCUGCCUAUCUUCCAGAAAUUCAUCGUUAACCACUGGAGGGAGAACGAGAUGGCGCUUUGCGCAAUGCUUCCAUCUUUGUCUCGUCAGAACACAUUUGCGAAAACGCCUUUGCAAUGUCCUUUAGAGUGGCAAAAGGUCAUGCUUCAACGUCUGAAGAAAACCCAAGGAAAAUCGCCGUCGAAAGAUGCUGAGACAAUACACAUGAGCAACGGUAACCUAGCAGUGUUACGAAUCUCUCAGGGAGAUUCAGAGAUACGCAAACAGAUCGCAGCAAGUAUACUUCAGUUGCUUAAGUCUGCAGCACAAUCAGCCUCUACAGCUAUUGGAGGCUGGGAUCUUUUUGCACUAGGUCAAGGUUUCCAAUACAUUUCAGAUGAAUUCAGCGAAAGUCUGCAAGAUAAGGAACUGGCAGAAGCUCUGUGCUCUGCCUCUACUAGAUGCAAAAAGCUCGUACCUUACUGGACUGCCCUCAACUCUGUCCUCAAGAAGGCUGACAUCGCGUUCACCGGAGACCAAAUGGAUUCACUAAUCACUAAUCUCAUUGAUUGUUUGAAAACGCCCAGUCAUGAUCUUAGGCUUUCUGGUCUACGGAUAUUGCAAACAAUCUAUGAGAAGAGACAACAAGAUGUUCCUGAAUUAUUGACUCAUGCCAUCUCGAUCGAAGACACACCUCCAAGUGUACCCAAUGCUCGUUUCAUCUCGUCCCAAAUUCGCAGACUGGCUCUCGGAUAUCCUGACAUUCUCUCUGAUCCUAUUUUAGCGAAAGUUAUUCCUACCUACUGUUUCGGUCUCCUGCACAUACAUCUCGCACAAGCCUGGGAAGACUCAAUUGCGGCACUCAAGGAAAUCAGCGAACACGGAAACGCGGAGGAGAUUAUCACAAGCACCAUCACACAGUGGCUCCAGGGCAAUGCUGACGCAGACGAAGAGACGGUACAAGCGGAAACAACGCAGGAUAGGAGUAUCGGCCAUGUCAGCUCUGACUUCGAAUGUUCCAAUAUGAAUCAGAUCGAGAAGGAUAUCGAGAUCUCGGAGUCACUCUUUGCGGAUCUCAAUCAAGGCAUUGAGAACCAAUUCAAGAGAGAUCAUGUCCAAACAUUUGCAGCUUCCCUCUCUGAACGAUCACAGGCUCUCCGUGCCUUAAAUUCCAUGCCACAAUUGGCAGAAAAGCGAUCGCGACUCUUGGUUCCCGUGUUACUGGAGUGGGCUGGUGAUGAAACCGAGGAACAAGAGCAAGAAGAGACUGGAAGUACCCGCCAUUGGGGCCGCAAGGACCAGAAAGCCAUGCUCGGUGUCUUCGCGCAGUUCCAGAACCCUAGAGUGCUGUACAAGGCAACCGAAGUCUACCAAGCUCUGCUAAACCUUCUUACGAACGGUGACAACGAGAUUCAAAAGUCGACACUCAAAGCCAUCCUGGCCUGGAAGACCCCUAGUGUUAUCAAGUACCAAGAACACCUGCUGAACUUCCUUGAUGAUGCGAGAUUCAGAGAAGAGGUUUCUGUAUUCCUUCGUCUCGAAGAAGAGGGUGAUGCCAUUCGAAGUGCUGAUUGUCCAGAGCUUAUGCCGGUCUUGUUGCGUAUUCUGUACGGUAAAGCAGUGACCAGAGCCGGGUCAGCAAGUGGUAAACGCGGACAACAAACCCGUCGCAAAGCUAUCUUCGUUGCUCUCGCUCGCUUCCCUGCAGAUAUUGUUGGACAAUUCCUGGGUAUCUCUCUCGGCUCAUUAGCCACUAUGGAACCUAUCCAGGAUGGCGAGCUGAAUCAGUCAGCUUUGGACAAGUUCGCUGUUGCCCCCAGAAAGCAGGUGGGUUUGCUGAACAUGUUGGACGAUAUGGUACACACUCUUGGCAACAGAUUGGACCGCUAUGCAACAAAGAUUGCCGAUGCUGUUCUUCUCUGUCUGCUCAAAGCUUCCAAGUCGCAUACUGGUUUUAUCGACACCGAUGAGGAGGCUCCGGUCGAGGAGGAAUCUCAGACUUCCCUCGAUCGUGCAAUUCGUCAAGCUGGCUUCCACUGUUUGAUCCAGGUCUUCUCAUCUUGCACCGAAGUCUCUUGGUACAACUACGCCAAGGUCGUUAUGAGCGAGUUGGUGGGCCCUCGACUGGAGAAGCUACCCAUUGAGACCGCGCAGUCUGUAUCCGCCUUCCUGCGUCUCUUCUCAACCUGGGCUAGCUCCUUGGCCACCUGCCACUACCUGACUGAGUUCUUCCCACAAACUCUCAAUGCUGUGGCGGACUGUCUUGUGGUCCCUAGCACAAAGAAUGAAGUCAAGUCAUUCAUCAUCGAGAACAUCAUUGGGCGUUUGUUGGACACCAUCCAGCCACGCCAAUCGAAGGAUGCUGAGAUGAACAUCGACACAACCGAGGAGCAGGACCAAGCACGUGCAUCUAUACUAGGACCACGCGCAAGUCUAUUUGUCGUUAGACUCGGUGCUGUUUUGAGACAAAGCCCUCCCAAAGACAUCCUCGAUUCAAGCGUCUUGUGUGUUUCACGUCUCGCACCACUGGUCACUGGGGUUGAGAACAUUCGUGAUGUUGUCGAUGUCUCAAUCUUCUUGCUUGGCCAGCCCUCAAAGACCGUUCACUUCACGACCAAGCGUGAUUUGCUGCAAACAUUGUUCCAUCUUAUUCCUGGUGCUGAGCUCAACAAAGAUGAGAUUCGUUUCAACCAAGUCUACUCGACCCUCUGUCCACUGUUUGGUUACUUCAAGGAUCGUGAAAGCAGAGAGCUUCUUGCUGCUGUUGUCAAGCAGUUGGCUGACGAAAGGAAAGAACUAUCUUACGUUGCUUCUUUGUGCGAAGACCUGAACUCUUUCUCGGCAUCGAGGCUCGAUGAACCUGAUUUCGAGCGUCGUGCCAUUGCCUUCAGCACUAUCAAUGAAGAGAAGUACACUACUUUCACUACUAUGCAGUGGCAGCCUCUGGUCUACAGCAUGCUGUACUUCAUCAGAGACAAUGAUGAGCUCGCUAUCAGAACUAGCGCCUCGUACAGUUUGAGAAGAUUUAUUGAGGUAGCAAGCUUGGAUGGGGAUUUUAAGGACGAGGAGUUUAAGUCUUUGACCAUCUCGGGCCUUUACAAUGGUUUGCAGGGUGGUAUGCGUGACCCUUCAGAACUGGUCAGAUCCGAGUAUCUCCAAGUCCUGGCUCACUUGAUCAAGCACUUCUCGUCUUGGGAUGCAGUCAACGACAUGACUAGUCUGCUUGUCGAAGGUGACGAGGAAGCCUCGUUCUUCAACAACAUUCUCCACAUUCAGCAACACCGGAGACUUCGUGCAUUGAGGAGAUUGUCUGAGGAGGCUCAUGCUGGUGUCAUCUCGAGCAACAACGUCAGCCUAUUCUUCAUUCCCCUUCUGGAGCACUUCAUCUUUGAUCCUGCCGGUGACGAUGGUGCUCACAAUUUGUCUGCUGAGACCAUCAACACAGUUGGCGCUCUUUCUGGCUGUCUGGACUGGCAAUUGUACAGAUCAACACUGAGAAGAUUUGUCAGCUACAUUCAAAGCAAGCAAGAGCUACAGAAGAUCGUACUCAGAAUCGUCAGUCGUGUCAUUGAUGCUCUCGACCGUGCUUCUGAGUCUGUCCGCAACAAGAACACCAGAAUGGAUGUGGAUGGCGAGGUCGAACCAGUCACUAACGGCGCUUCAGCUCUCAGCCCACUUGCUGCAACCCUGCCUUCGGAGGAAAAGUUGUCCAAUGAGAUCAACAAGCAGCUCUUGCCUCCUUUGACUCAAUUCCUCCACCUUAAGGAUGAGUCAACCGUCAGUCUACGUGUUCCUGUUGGUGUCGCUGUGGUCAAGCUCAUCCGUGUGCUUCCUGUCGCCGAGCACGCCUUGAGACUUCCUACUGUGCUUAUGGAUCUUUGCCAUGUUCUUCGUAGUAAAGCAACCGAGGCCAGAGACAUGACAAGAAAGACUUUGUCAGAAAUCGCUGGUAUUCUUGGGCCAUCUUACUUCCAAUUUGUCAUCAAGGAGUUGCGCAGUGCUUUGCAGCGUGGUUACCAGCUUCACGUCAUGUCCUUCACCAUGCACUCAAUUCUGGUCGACAACAUUGAUUCUUUGGAGGCUGGUGAUCUCGACCACUGCAUCAACGAUAUCAUUGCUAUUGUUAUGGACGACAUCUUUGGUGUUGCUGGUCAGGAGAAGGAUGCUGAAGAGUACAUCAGCAAGAUGAAGGAAGUUAAGAGCAGCAAAAGUUACGACUCUGCUGAACUCAUGGCAAAGAUCACCACUACUUCUCAUCUUGGCGAUUUGAUCAGACCCAUCCAAUCUCUCCUGCUUGAGAAGCUGGAUCUCAAGACUGUCAAGAAGAUUGAUGAACUUCUUCGUCGUAUUGGCCUAGGCGCAAGUCAGAACCCGUCAGUCAAGGACAGAGACAUCCUUAUCUUUGGUUAUGAGAUCAUCCAGAAGGUCUAUGCUGCCACUGCCGAAGCCAAGACUCGCCCUGUCAUGGAAGAUUACAAGAUUAGAAAGUAUCUCAUCCAGAUGCAGAGUGCCAACAAGUCCGGCAAGAAGGGAGCAACUAGCUCGUAUAUCUUCAAGCUCACCAGAUUCGCUCUGGACCUUGUUCGCGCUGUCUUGCAAAAACAUGAUGAACUCAAGACUCCUGCAAACCUUGCUGGCUUCUUGCCAAUCUUAGGUGAUGCGCUUAUUGGCGGUCAAGAGGAGGUACAGAUGGCAUCGGUUCGUCUGCUCACUUCUAUCAUCAGAGUUCCAUCGCCACAGAUCGUGUCAAAUGGUCCAGUCUACGCAGCAGAAGCAGUCAAGAUCCUCAGAGCUGCUCCCUCGACCAUCACCGAGUUGGCUCAAUCUUCGCUGAAGCUUAUUUCAGCCAUCCUCCGCGACAGACCAGACAUCAAGAUCAAGGAAAACGAUAUGGCCUAUGUGCUCAAGAGAAUCAAGCCCGACCUAGAAGAACCCGAUCGUCAAGGUGUCAUCUUCAACUUCUUGAAAGCUGUUGUAGCGCGCAAGAUUAUCAUCACUGAAGUCUACGAAGUGAUGGAUUCUGUUGCCGCCAUUAUGGUGACAAACCAGACACGCAGUGCUAGAGAUCUGGCUCGUGGCGUCUACUUUGCUUUCAUGAUGGAGUAUCCUCAAGCAGGCACUCGCUUGAACAAGCAGAUUGCAUUCUUGGUCCAGAACCUCGAGUACAAGUACGUCGAGGGAAGACAGUCUGUGCUUGAAUUGUUGCACUUAUUGCUGGCCAAAACUCAAGGAGAUCUCGUCCAAGAGUUGUCGAGCAUGUUGUUUGUGCCAUUGGUCAUGAUGAUGGUCAACGAUGACUCACCAGAAUGUCGUGAGAUGGCUGGUGCAUUGAUCAGCAAGAUUCUCGAGCGUGCUGACGAAGAACGCACAAGUAACUUUGUCACUCUGCUGCGUACAUGGUUGGAGCAGGACGAGCAGCUACUGCUUCGUCGUAUUGCUUUGCAGUGUUGGACUAUUUAUAUUGGGCACGGUAAGGCAAGUGCCAAGGAAACUUCCUUCCUGUUCAAGCAAGUAUCCAAGCUUUUGAACCCUGAAGAUGUCGAGACUGAAGACUGGGAGUUGCUCUACUAUGCCCUGCAAGCAUUUGCAAAGAUGGCAGAGAUGGCACCUUCCACUUCUCUGGCUCCUGCCGCCAAGCUGUCCUGGACAAACAUCUUCAAAUGUCUUGUUUUUCCGCACGCAUGGGUUAAGCUUUCUUCUGCUCGUCUUGUAGGUUUGCUAUUUGCGGAUCUAGGUAAUUGCGCCUCGAAGACUGAGCAAGGUCUUGCUGCUUUGCCUUUGUACACAAACAGUAAGAUGGAGGUCACUGCAAAGGAGCUCCAUGAGUUGUGUGCUGCUGGUUUGAGAACUCUUCGUUUCAGCAAUGUUAGUGAGCAGUUGGUUGGUCAGACGGUGCGCAAUUUGAUCUUCUUGGGUCGUUGCUACAGUGCCGAUAAUGCGGACUGGGAGCAUCCCACGCCAUACACCAGAAAUGACAUUGCAGUUGCUCAAGAGGAAGAUGAGCAAGAGGACGAAGAGGACGAGACUGCAGAUGCAGAAGAUGAAGAUGGAGAAACAACCACUUCUUCCACACCAUCCACUGCACUCCACCAUUUGCUGUCCCGCCUUUCAGCACUCAUCCGCCGCGACGACGGCGCACCCACUGCAUCAGUCCUAUCUGCAAAGACCGGCUCCCUUCAAGCCAUCGCCUCUCUAUGCAAUAUCCUGCCUUCUGCCCACAUAACCCCCUCUCUCCCCUCAAUCCUAACCCCCAUCUACCUCCUCACCGACGCCUCCAUUGCCGCGCCCCGCCUCGCAACCGAACCCCUCCAAAAAGCCUACCAAGACCUCAAAGCCCUAGCUACUGAAGUCGCUUCCUUGCUCCAGAAGAAACUCGGCAGUACCGAUUACGUGGUUGCUAUGAGGGGAGUGCAAGAACAGGUUAGAGGUAGAAGAGAAGAGAGGAGAAGAAAGAGAAGGAUUGAAGCUGUGAGUCAGCCCGCCAAGUAUGCGGCUGAUAAGAGGAGGAAACAUGAUAUCACCAAGGCCAAGAGGAAGGAGAAGAGUGCUGAGGCUAGGGGUAAGAGGAGAGGGUGGUAA